AGCUUUUAGCUCAGGAUGGAAGGGGUUGUCGCGCGGCCGCGCCGGCGCGCGAUGAGCUGGCAGAGUGCUCGGAAGCCUGGCGGCUGGGAGCCCGGGCACAGCCCAGGGAGGUCGAGCAUGCAGUGCUGGUGAUCACUUGAGCUGAUAUGAGAUCGGCCUCUGGCGGCUCAGAGGCAGAUGCCGCAGAGUGUGCGCGGAAUGCCAGUCUGGCCCAGCUGGCGUUGCUUCCGCUUCGAGUGAUCAUCGUGCUUGCGGUAUACGUGCCAGGCGCGCGCUGAAGUUCGGACCUGUUUGCGAAGCAGCGUUACGUGCUUGACAUGGACCGUGUGGACUUCGAGGCACAGGUCAUCAACGGCACCACGGGACCUGCGUGGGUGGCGAUGCUCUACGCCAACUGGUGCGGCCACUGCCAUCACUACGCCCCGAUCUUCAUAAAGCACGCUGAGGCGUUCGAGCAUGAUUCGCGUGUGAAGUUUGCUGCGUGCGAUUGCGCUCAGUACAUUGAGUUAUGCAUGUCUCUGGGUGUGCAUAGCUACCCCACGCUGCGAGGCUUCCGAUUUGUUCCACGGGGCGAUCACGAGGGGAAGUCGACGGCAGAGAUAGCAAGGGUGGGGGAGGAGGUCCCGCGAGAGGUCCAGACCUGGGUCCAUGCGCGCCUGGGCCUGGUCGGGAUCCCCGGCGUCGACGGCAGUGCUCGCCAGGCCGAGGCGCGCGCAGCUGCCAUCGGCGACGGUGGGCUGGCCGCCGCACGGGCCGCGCCGCCGCUCGACGCGUGGGUCCAGGGGAGCGCGCCAGCCAAGGACGACCAGGCCGGGCUUAGGCUGGUGGACGCCGAAGUGGCCGUUCUCUUCUCCCUGCGCCAGGGCACCUUUCUCAAGGGGGAGGCCGUUGCGGGUAGUCCUGUGAAGGCUUUCAUCCAAGGCAAGGUGCUGGACGAGCUCUGCACCUGGCUGGAGUUCUUGGCCGCAGCUCUUCCCAGUGUCAGGGCCAGCGCCGACUUGAAGGCUUUCCUCAGUGUCGCGCUCGCAGCGCAAACCUGCGGUGGCCUCAGCGCCGUCGCCUGGAGUGAAGUCUUGGACAAGCGCUGGCUCGGCAGGGCGCCGCCCGAGGCCGGGUAGCACCCAGAGCAGUACUGGCGCAUCUGCGCCUCCUACGCUUGCGGCCUCUGGACCCUCUUCCGCGUCCUGACCCUCUCCGUGGCGGAGGGGUGUUGGGCUCCGUCGGCCGCGCUGGUGACCGCGCAAGGCCUCCGCGGUUCUGCUAGCGGGCGCUGGCGCCCGUGGCUCUGAGGAGGAUCCGCGGCUUCGUGGACAACUUCUUCGGCUGCGGGGGGUGCGCGGCGCACUUCGUGAAGACAUUCGACUUGUGCGCGCUCGGCCGCUGCGACUUGUCUGAGAGCGACGGCCUCGGCGCGGCCGUCUGGCUCUCGGCGGUCCACAAAAGCGUGGCCAGCCGCGUGGCCCGCGAGAAUGACCCCUGCCCGCCGGCUGGGUGCUCCUCUGGGUGCCUGGGCCCCAGCGGCUUGUGCAGCCAUGAUGGCGCGACCACCCCCAGCGUGCGCUGGGACGACCCGGGCGGCGCGGCCGAGGGCUCGGCGCUGAGCCGCUGCGCGAACCGCACGGCGUGCAGUAGCCGCGGCCUCCGCCUGUAUGCGGACGGCGACGCCCCCGGGUCCUGGCCGCCCAGAGCAGCCUGCCCGCGCUGCUGGACGGGGCGCCACGGGCAGGCCGACGCGGUGUACAGCCAGCUGGCCUCGGGCUACUGGCGGCGCGAGUGGACGGACCAGGCGCGCGGCGCCGCGCGCAGCCAGCAGCACGCUGUCGGCGGUUCGCGGUGUCUGUCGGCUGCGGCUGCGGACCACGACGACCAAGAGCAGCUGAGCGCCUCGCGCGCGCCGCUCCGGCGGCGGGGUGGCCUCCCUUAGGCGCGCGCCGCUGGCCGCGCUCCAGCGCGCGCCGGAAGCAAGCAGAAAGCUGCACCACGAGUCGGCGACGCGC